AUGCGCCCUGUGCUAGAGGAUGAAGCGGCGAUGGUGGUCUCGCUCUCUCCCCGCCCCUCGAUUCCCGGUCGCCGAGGUACCCGGAUGUAGCGGUUGAGCCGCCGCCAGGCUCGCUCCUGCGCCCGGGACGUGUAGACGGCGCCAGCGGGCGGCUCGAGCCGGGAGCGCCCAGCGCGGGGGAGGGGAAACCCGCCCGCCGCGCAGCAGAGCGGAGAGGCCCCGCUGUCCUCCCCCAGUGCAGCCCCUGCGGAGACGCCCCCCGUGGCCGGGCCCCUGCGUCCUUCCAGCGGGCCCGUGGGCCAGGGGCGGCCCCGGCAUGAGCAGCGCCCGGAACAACCGCGUGAUGGUGGAGGGGGUCGGGGCCCGGGUGGUGCGGGGCCCGGACUGGAAGUGGGGGAAGCAGGACGGCGGCGAGGGCCACGUGGGCACCGUGCGCAGCUUCGAGAGCCCCGAGGAGGUGGUGGUGGUUUGGGACAACGGCACCGCGGCCAAUUACCGCUGCUCCGGGGCCUACGACCUGCGCAUCCUGGACAGCGCGCCCACCGGUAUCAAGCAUGAUGGAACUAUGUGUGAUACUUGUCGUCAGCAACCAAUCAUUGGCAUUAGAUGGAAAUGUGCUGAAUGCACAAAUUAUGAUUUAUGCACGGUUUGUUAUCAUGGGGACAAGCAUCACUUGAGGCAUCGUUUUUAUAGAAUAACCACACCAGGCAGUGAAAGAGUACUGUUGGAGUCUCGUCGUAAAUCAAAGAAAAUUACAGCAAGAGGAAUCUUUGCAGGUGCCAGAGUGGUACGAGGAGUUGAUUGGCAAUGGGAAGAUCAAGAUGGUGGCAAUGGACGUAGAGGGAAGGUAACUGAAAUUCAGGACUGGAGUGCAUCAAGCCCACACAGUGCAGCAUAUGUUUUAUGGGACAAUGGUGCUAAAAAUCUUUACAGAGUUGGCUUCGAGGGCAUGUCUGACCUGAAAUGUGUUCAGGAUGCCAAAGGAGGCUCUUUCUACAGGGACCACUGUCCUGUGCUAGGUGAGCAAAAUGGUAACAGGAAUCCUGGUGGGUUGCAGAUUGGUGAUCUGGUAAACAUCGACCUUGAUUUGGAAAUUGUACAGUCUUUGCAGCAUGGUCAUGGGGGAUGGACUGAUGGCAUGUUUGAGACCUUAACCACCACUGGCACAGUUUGUGGUAUUGAUGAAGAUCAUGACAUAGUAGUACAAUAUCCAAGUGGCAACAGGUGGACAUUUAAUCCAGCUGUUCUCACCAAAGCCAAUGUUGUACGAAGUGGAGAUGCUGCUCAAGGUGCAGAGGGAGGUACCUCACAAUUUCAAGUUGGUGACCUUGUUCAAGUUUGUUAUGAUUUAGAACGAAUUAAACUUCUUCAAAGAGGUCAUGGAGAAUGGGCUGAAGCAAUGCUCCCUACUUUAGGUAAAGUUGGCCGAGUCCAGCAGAUUUAUUCAGACAGUGACUUAAAAGUAGAGGUUUGUGGGACCUCUUGGACAUACAAUCCAGCAGCUGUCUCAAAGGUGGCAUCAGCGGGAUCUGCUAUAAGUAAUGCAUCUGGUGAGAGAUUGUCCCAGCUGUUGAAGAAACUGUUUGAAACACAAGAAUCUGGGGACCUCAAUGAAGAGCUGGUUAAAGCUGCUGCUAAUGGAGAUGUAGCUAAAGUGGAAGAUUUGCUAAAGAGACCAGAUGUGGAUGUUAAUGGACAGUGUGCUGGACACACAGCUAUGCAAGCCGCCAGUCAGAAUGGACAUGUUGACAUUCUGAAAUUGCUUCUGAAACAGAAUGUGGAUGUGGAAGCGGAGGAUAAAGAUGGAGAUAGAGCUGUUCACCAUGCAGCUUUUGGAGAUGAAGGUGCUGUUAUAGAGGUUUUGCACAGAGGCAGUGCCGAUUUGAAUGCUCGCAACAAACGCAGACAAACUCCUCUUCACAUUGCUGUUAACAAAGGUCAUUUACAAGUUGUGAAGACUUUACUGGACUUUGGCUGCCAUCCUAGUCUCCAGGAUUCUGAAGGUGAUACUCCUCUCCAUGAUGCGAUAAGUAAAAAGCGUGAUGACAUCCUGGCUGUACUCUUAGAAGCUGGGGCAGAUGUUACCAUUACAAACAACAAUGGAUUUAAUGCUCUCCAUCAUGCUGCACUAAGAGGGAAUCCCAGUGCAAUGCGUGUGUUGCUGUCCAAGCUACCAAGGCCAUGGAUUGUGGAUGAGAAGAAGGAUGACGGCUAUACUGCUUUACAUUUGGCAGCACUCAAUAAUCAUGUGGAAGUGGCUGAACUCUUGGUGCAUCAGGGCAAUGCUAACUUGGAUAUCCAGAAUGUAAAUCAGCAAACUGCACUGCACCUUGCCGUUGAACGACAGCACACACAAAUAGUUAGGCUCUUAGUCCGUGCAGGUGCUAAACUGGAUAUUCAGGAUAAAGAUGGAGAUACUCCCCUACAUGAAGCCCUAAGACAUCAUACUUUGUCACAGCUUCGCCAGCUCCAAGACAUGCAAGAUGUGGGCAAGGUAGAUACUGCUUGGGAGCCAUCAAAGAACACAUUAAUAAUGGGACUUGGCACCCAGGGAGCAGAGAAGAAGAGUGCAGCAUCUAUUGCUUGCUUUCUGGCAGCAAAUGGAGCUGAUCUCAGUAUUCGUAAUAAGAAGGGUCAGUCUCCUCUUGACCUCUGCCCUGAUCCUAACCUCUGCAAAGCAUUGGCUAAAUGUCACAAAGAAAAAGUCAGUGGACAGGUUGGCUCUCGAAGUCCUUCUAUGAUCAGCAAUGACUCAGAAACUUUAGAAGAAUGUAUGGUGUGUUCAGACAUGAAGAGAGAUACAUUAUUUGGCCCAUGUGGACAUAUUGCUACCUGUUCCCUCUGCUCACCAAGGGUGAAGAAAUGCCUCAUCUGUAAAGAACAAGUUCAGUCUAGAACAAAGAUUGAAGAAUGUGUGGUGUGCUCAGACAAAAAAGCAGCAGUACUCUUCCAGCCUUGUGGUCACAUGUGUGCUUGUGAGAACUGUGCAAGCCUGAUGAAGAAGUGCGUGCAGUGCCGGGCAGUGGUUGAGCGGAGAGUGCCUUUCAUUAUGUGUUGUGGAGGGAAAGGCACAGAUGAUACCACUGAUGACAUUUCAAGUGGAAACAUUCCAGUUUUACAGAAAGACAAGGACAACACCAAUGUCAAUGCAGAUGUACAGAAACUGCAACAGCAGUUACAAGACAUAAAGGAACAGCAGGUAUAUCUACGUUUCAACUCAUGUCUUCGAUGAUAAUUUAAUGUAUUAGUGCAGCAACCUUUUAAAACCAUUUCUGGUGCCAAGUACAAGUGAGGCCUGAUGUCAGGAAAAUCCACUCAUGAUGACCACAUCGUUCUUCAGGGAUUCCCUGAAUGUUUACCAUCAUUGACUGAGAUUGCAGUGUCCUCCACCACAUUUCAUACGUAAUCACCACCAUCUGUCUGUAAUAAAUAUCUUAUGUGUGUUCCUUCACCAUACGUAUGUCAUUUCUUUUUCUUUAAAAAUUAAACUUAUUGUAAUGUCACUGUGCACCUAUAUCUUGUGCCUGGAAACAUGCUGUUCUCAGUAACAAAAGGUUGUUGUAGGUUCUUAUGUCACCUACGUCAGACAAAAAUAUUCUGCUAAAAUUGUCUUGUUUGCAAUAUCAUACCCCAGUGAUAAUCUCAUGUUGUUACUAAGACUUUUCCAUACUCCCUUAACUGUGUCUGUGGUUUACAACUGAUUAAAACUGACUGGGUGCUUCUAUGGUGGUGUUUCAGAAAGAAGAAAAUACUAAUGUAUAAAAAGAAAUCAAAUGCCUUCUCCAGGCACAGAAUUUUCAUUUGUUUCCCCUCAAAAAAAUUUCCACCUAAUUUAUUCAGAAAGGGCUGAGGUGAUGUACAUCAAACUUUUGUGCUAAAGUAAGAGGCCAGAUUAAAAGUGUAGUUGAAGUAUCUGCCAUGUUGUUUGCUGUUCUUGUUACAAAAGCAGGCGUAAGGCACUGAUAUUCGUAACUAGAGAGCAGGCAGGAAGGUUGAUUGUUUUGUGCAAAGUUCCUUAAAUCUGUUGCCAUGUGAAGAAAAUAAACUAAAUCAUGUAUGACACUGAACAAUUAAACUGGUCUCUAGAAAUAAAUAUUCACCAGUUUUUACUAUAAGUAGGAAAAACCUGGAUGAUGUGCUAGUGCUGCCAUGCAAUUAAAGAAAGACCUAUUUUGUGAGUUUGAAAUACACCAGGAAAUUUCAUCUAAAUUGUGUGCUGCGUUGAAAUAAGUAAACAAAAAUUAUUUUUUCCACCAUUGCUUAGGCAGAAUACACUUUUAUAGAGUCUUAUAAUGUGCAUAUACAUUUUCAAAUUACAGUAUAUUUGAGAGAAACAGACCUCAAAUCAAACCUUAGGGGUAAAGGACAUACAGUGAGGAGGACUUGAAUUCUGUCCUUGCAGGAUGAGAUUUAGGGUUUACAUUCUGUGUUCCUUUCAAAAGAGAUACUUAAGGACUAUUAAAUUACGCACAUGCAUUUCUAGAAAGCUACUUCAGGUUAAUAAGUAAUUAAUGAAGAAUUUCUCUGUACUUGGAGAUUUUACUAUACUGUGAAUUAUACGGCUGAUACUUAGUUGUACCAGGUGAGGAUUAGGCUUUGGUGAGGAAUGGGCUGGAUGGACUAAUUUACAAUCAGUCCUUUGCAAGAUUUAGUGGAGAAUGAUUACAUUUUGAGUUAUUGAAAACUGUGACUAGAUAUGGUGAUGCCAUUACUAGCCCUGAUAGCAUUUGCUUAUGAAAUAUGGUUGUUGAGAAUUCAUAUUUUUUAUAUUGGCAAAUUCAUUCAAAAAGUUCAAAGAUUUAUCUGGCAGUCAUUGUGUCUAUACUGCAAUAAAAACUUCUGGCAUGAGUCUUAAAACUCACUGGUCUGGGCCUGCUGGGCUAAAAACCACAGUUACAUAUUUGGGUUUGGGCUGAGACCUAUCCCUCUUACGGGGUUUCAGAGCCUAGGUUCUAGCCCAAUCCCUACACUUCAAUUUUUAUCUCAGAGAGCCUGAAUCCACUGACGUGGGACAGCCAUGGCUAUGUCAGAAGUCUCUUUUGCAGUGUAGAUUUACCUAUGAGAUACCUUCUGGCAGUUCCUUAGAUACACAGAUUUCACUCAGAUUGACAAAAGAGAGAAUUGACCAAAUUCUGAUUUGAAUUCUGUGUAAACACGAAGUCAUGAGCUAUUAUAACUAGUAGUACGCUAAAGAAUGUUUGUCCCUGCAUUUAGCUUAUUUCCAUAGAAGGCAUGCCUAAAAUUUUGUUUCAUUGUGUGGACGCUACUAAGGAUAUGUACACUUUUCCUUGUUGUAACAAACUACUUUAGUAAACCUGCAGUGAUUCAAAGAGUAGAUUUAAAAAAAAAAGUGCACAAGUGCAAGGUGAUGGUGAAAUAAAUUUGUGUUUGAAAUGUGGGCCACAGUUAAUAAGUGUUCAGUUAUGCAUAGUUUAUAAAGGGUUUACAACAUCUGUUCAGUUAUGAGCAUGCUACAGUCAUUAGCAUGCAACUCAGGUGGUUAUAAGCACACUAUAGAUGUCAGUUUAAGAACAUGAGUUGAAACUCUUUGGUAGAUGUAAGUUGUGGUUAUAAGCAAUCUGAACUAUAACAAUUGAUAAAUAGAUUUUAAUAAUUAAUGUGCCUUUUAUAAACUAGUUAUAAAUGAAACUUUAAUGUGAUUAUGGUGAAGGAACAAACAUGUGCCCUUUGUAGUUGAAUUUUUGCAUGGUGGAGGACACUGCGGGCACAGUCAAGGAUGUUUCUCUAAGGGACAAACUUUCAUGAACAUUUAUAAGAGAUCUGUUUGGGUAAUGGGUCUCACUUUAUGUUCAGUAGUAAAAACUGGUUUAAAUGGUUUGUUGUGUGGAUCUGAGUUAGGGUAAAAGGCUCAGCUAAGCUGAGCAGCACUCCAUUGAAACAUGAAAUUUUCAUAGAUAUUAUCUGGAUAUCCAAAAAACAGAAUGAGGGCAGAAUAUGGCCCUAUACAAGUGAUGAUUCUUCUUUUACAAGUAACAUUGGAAGUGCAGAAUUAAAGCAGAUAUUGGAGUACACCAGUUUCUUUUAUUCAGAAAGAUGGUAUUUCAUAUGUUGUUUGGUAUAUCUCUGGAAAUACAGAGUUACUUAAGAUUUGAAAUCAGUGAGCAAAUUGCUUCCCAGAAGAAAAGUGAAAAUCAGUUCACAACUAGGCUACGUCUACACUGGCCCCUUCUUCGGA